AAGAAAAGAAUCAAAAGACCGUUCUUUUAAUUUACUUCCUUCCUUGUUACAUACUAGAAACCAUACUCUCUCUUUCUCCCCCUAUAUCUCCGACGUGCAUUCUUCUCGAUUCGCCGGUGAUACUUUGAACGGCGAAUCUCAUCAACCAAUCAAAACAUUUCCCACUUUUUUUAUUUUCUGCGGCUACUUUAAUUAAAAAGGAUCGAUCACCAAGGCUUCUCUCAUUUUAUCUGUAACUUGAAGUGUUGCCUUCAUCACUUGUUCUGGGUUGCUGCCGAGAGUUUUAAAGUUUUUUUAAUUUUAAAAACCUAAAGUUUCUUCUUUUAUUUUAUUUUAUUCUAAUUAAACUGAGCAAGAUCUGGGUUUGCGUCAGAUUAAGACGACGAUCGAUCGUGGGUAUUUAGAAAAAACAGUUUUUUUUCGAGGUGUGGUUAAUGUUCACAAAGAACCCCAUUAAGUGUUCGAUGAAAUGCCUCUGAGAGAAUCUCUGUGAGAAGAAAAGGGUGAGUUAGGUGAUUUAGGAAGAAACCAAACAUGUGUAAAACGGACAAGUUUCUUUACCACAGGAAACUCUGGGAGAUGAAAGUUAGGCUUUUAGGAGAGACCAAGGUUGAGAAACUCAGGAACUCCUUUGUCUCCAGGUCUCGUAUGAGCUUAUGGAUGAUUCGUGCUGUUACCAUAUUGUUGCUCUGGAGCUGCUUCGUUCAUCUGAUGGCUUUGGGAGAGAUGUGGGGACCGAGAUUGUUCAAAGGCUGGCCUUCUUGUUUCAAUCAAGAUGAUCUGUCCACGGUUGAAGAGAUGAGGUCUCUUCCUGCUAAGAUCGCUCUUCCGCCUAAAAGGGUAUAUCAGAACAAUGGUUAUCUUAUGGUUUCCUGCAAUGGAGGACUCAAUCAAAUGCGAGCAGCUAUAUGCGAUAUGGUAACUGUUGCAAGAUUCAUGAAUGUCACACUUAUUGUGCCUGAGCUUGACAAGACCUCGUUUUGGAACGAUCCAAGUGAGUUUAAAGACAUAUUCGAUGUGGAUCACUUCAUAACUUCGUUAAGAGAUGAAGUUCGUAUACUAAAAGAGUUGCCUCCAAGGCUUAAGAAAAGAGUUGAGCUGGGAAUGCACCACGAAAUGCCUCCUAUUAGUUGGUCAAACAUGUCUUACUACCAAAAUCAGAUUCUUCCACUGGUAAAGAAGCACAAGGUGCUACACCUUAACAAAACAGACUCACGGCUCGCUAAUAAUGGACUGCCUGUGGAGGUUCAGAAGCUGAGGUGCAGAGUGAACUUCAACGGGCUUAAGUUCACUCCUCAAAUUGAAGAACUAGGUAGACGAGUAGUCAAUAUUCUCAGAGAGAAAGGUCCUUUUCUCGUCCUUCAUCUCAGAUACGAGAUGGAUAUGUUAGCAUUUUCCGGUUGCUCACAUGGUUGCAACCCCGACGAAGAAGAAGAACUAACAAGAAUGAGAUAUGCUUAUCCAUGGUGGAAGGAGAAAGUCAUAAACUCUGAGGUGAAGAGGAAAGAAGGCCUUUGUCCAUUAACUCCUGAGGAAACUGCUCUCACGCUGACUGCAUUAGGCAUUGACCGUAACGUUCAACUUUACAUAGCUGCUGGUGAAAUCUACGGUGGUGAGAGGCGGAUGAAGGCUUUAACAGACGCUUUUCCAAAUGUGGUUCGGAAAGAAACUCUACUUGAUUCCUCCGAUCUUGAUUUUUGUCGGAACCAUUCAUCGCAAAUGGCUGCACUUGAUUACCUAGUGGCUGUUGAGAGCGAUAUAUUUGUUCCGACUAAUGAUGGGAACAUGGCAAGAGUCGUUGAAGGUCAUCGCAGGUUCUUGGGAUUUAAGAAGACAAUUCAGCUGAAUAGGAAGUUCCUAGUUAAGCUUAUAGAUGAAUAUACCGAAGGGUUGUUGACUUGGGAUGUGUUCUCGUCCAUGGUGAAGGCGUUUCACUCUACUCGAAUGGGAAGCCCGAAGAGACGGUUAGUGAUUCCCAAUAAACCGAAGGAAGAAGACUACUUCUACGCCAACCCGCAAGAAUGUCUGCAGCUGUUAGAUGAACCAUUGAGAGUCAUUUGAAGAAGGUGACUUCACCAUUGGGGAGAGAACGGCUGAAGUUUAAGUUAAAAGCUCUAAGUUACAGUCUGGAAGAUGGAGUAACAGUGUGUUUUUACAGGUUUAAGUUACUUAGGUUUCUUGGUGAAUAGAUUUCUGAAAAAGCUUAUAUUGUGUAAUGUUUGGCAUCCAUGGCCUUGCCAAUUUUGUUAGCUAAAUAAAAGUGCCAUUUUAUGUAAUUAAAGCUUGAUUACAUUUAUAUUAUAUAUUUCAGAUUAUUAUUUUCUCUC